AUUGACAUUCUAUACAGCGCACGAUGACAACGCGAAACCCCAGCUACGAGCUCGGCGUCCAGCACGGCGCCCUUGCUGGCAUCGGGCUCACGAUUGGUGCCUCCAUCCUCACGGUGGCGGCCACGGGCGCUGGCGCGGCGGUAUGGAAGUACGUGAAGAAGCAGCGGCAGCUGUGGGACGUGGAGGCUCUCAUCGCGCACCGGCGGUCGAUUUUCCCCCAAGACUACGACGCUACUCGCAGUGUGCCAGAAGACGUGUUGAAUAAACUACUCGAGAGUGCCAACUGGGCACCCACGCACGGCCGGACCGAGCCAUGGCGCUUUGUCGUGUUUGGCGGCGACGGUCGCCGAGUCCUGGGUGAGAAGGACGCGGAAAUCUACAAAAAGAUCACCCCCGAAGCCUCGUUCAUGCCGAAAAAGUACGCCAAAAAGUUGUCGUCGAAGUUACAAGCGUCGUACGUGAUUGCGAUCUGCCUCAAACGCCAAGACAGCAAGAAGAUCCCCGAAAUCGAAGAAGUGGAAGCUGUCGCGUGCGCGGUGCAAAACUUGCACUUGCGCGCGACGGCGCUUGGCGUGGGGGCGUACUGGAGCACCGGGCCCGGCGUGUACUCGGACGAAAUGAAGGAAUUCCUCCACUUGGGGGCCGACGACAAGUGCUUGGGCUUCUUUUACGUCGGGUACCCCAAACCCGACUUUAAGCACCCCAUCGGAUCGCGCAAACCCGUGCAAGACAAGGUCCGAUUUGUAUACGAAUAGGAGAAUCACGAUAUUAGCUACUUCUAAUUGCACAUUCGGGAAUCAGAUCCAUUAUUGGACUUUGCAUCAUGUACCAAGGAACGACGUUGACAGGGAAGAACAGUAAAUGUA